AAUCGAAAGUUAUAGACUAGAAACCAAUUUCGAAAAAAAAUUCGAAGGGCUGUAACUUUUGAACUAGUAGCCCAAUCUUGGAACUGUUUGAAAUUAUGGAUUGCGUUUCUGUUGGACAGAAAACAUAGGAGCGUGUAGUGUAAAAAUUUGAGUCACCUGACACUUCCGGUGCCGGAAGUGCCCUACCCCAAAGUUGCGGUUACUUUUAUUAGAUAGCCCUAGGUGGCUGAUGUUUUUAAACAACUUCCUACUUCGGAACACUCCUGAAGUUGAGGUUACUUUUCUUAUGAAUCUAGGUCCAUGUAACUGACUGACCCAAGUUGAUAUUUUUUAUAAACUGCCCUCUCAGUCACUUGCUAGAUAUUACAAAGUCAUUCGUUAAUUAGUAUAAUAUAAGUUUACAAAAACCAAAAAUUUGUUGAUUUGUUUAUCAAUCAUCAGUUAAAUAGAGGACUAUCCCUACGCUACUCUUGAAAUAAUUAACACUGUAAAUAAUAAAAAAUCGUUAAGCCGCUUGUGGGCAACAGGCGAAGAGUGCACUUUCAAAUUUGUUUUUUCGAUUUUAAUAGCCCUCAUGGACCUUUUAUGCCAGAAUACAAACAUGAAAUAAUUUUUAAUUUCUGAGCGAAUGAUAGCAAUACCGAGUCUGUAACUGUAAGUGGUGUAGUUCCGGAGCUUUUGAGACUCAGACAGACAUAUCAAGAGCGCAAAAGUGCACUUUUUAUUUUUGAAAGUGAAAGUGGACUAAAAACACUAUAAUAUGCUCUACACAAGCAAUGUUCUCAACUAUAUUUAUGCUGUUUUCAAGGAAAUGCGGAGUCUUAAAUACAGGAGUAUCCAAUUAUAAAUAAAAUUACUUUAAUGUGCUUACAAAAUCAAAUAACAAAAAAUGCCAAUAAUAAACAUUUAAAUGUUUCUUAUAGGUUUCUCGAUCUUCUGAAGAACGCUACCCUUUUACUUCUCUUCACGGCCAAUCGUCUCGUCAAUAUUUCAGUGUUGUACUUAGUAAAUGGUUGCCGUUCUUCCUACAAGUACAUCCUCCUUUACACCAUUUCUCCCAUUGAGCACUGUUCCAUUUCGAGCUACUUUUAUUAGGCGAUACCUUUCAUAUAAGAACCAGCGUUCUGAAAUUGCGGUGAAUUUGCCCCUUGGAAAACAUGCAAGAUUACCAUCACGUUCCAGGUGACAAGGAAGGUCUUCUUAUGUUCCUAGUUAUCCAGGAAAAAUAAAUCAUCCAAAUUGAUUACCUCCUGAAAUUGAUACAUUUCAGUUUUUUGUCAUUGCAGGAUUACAAUUAUGUUCUACCUGUAUCCAUGCGGUGAACCAAAUAAAUAAGGGCUUGGCGCUUGGAAAACAUUAAUAAGAUUCUAAAAAAACAAGGUUAAAAGUUAUCAAUUAUUUCUUAUGAUAUUAAUAACAGCUCGAAAAAUUACAGAUUUCCACAAAAGCAAAAAUUGAUCAAGAUUUAUUUUCGUCAUUCCGUGAUGAUAAAAAUUAAGAAUCAGAUCUACCAGAAUACCUCCCCUUCUCGUAUCUACAACAAAUCUGUUUCUUUAGGGAUAAAAUAUUCUCGUAUCUUUUUUGUUUUACAAAAUGUUAACAAAACUCCCUUUGAGUGUGCAAUAAUUGAAUAAAAAAUUAAUGGUAAUUCUACUAAUACCAACACCGCCAUUGAUUUUGUGUGAAUUUAACUAUAUUUUAUUCCAUCUAAUUAACAGCAGCGUCUCGUCUAGAUUGUGUGAAAAUGUCAUCCACGAAGAGGGGGAAUUGAGAAACAAUUGAUUGAAACCCGUGGAUUGUAGAUCGUGGAAAAAACAAAUAUUUGGAUUCUCCCUCUUCAUAAAUUCAUAGGUCUAAAUUUGAUAAAACUAUUAUCCGAAAAGCACAGGAUUUAGUAUAAAUAAAACAAUCUCAACUUAAUGUAACACAACCCAUUUAUUUGUAGAUUUUAUUAUUUUGCAAUAAACAGAGUUUGCGGGCAACGGAUGCAAACUUCCAAAAUGUCUCCAAAUAACUCAAAAAAGUAUCCACAGUAUCUAGCCAGUAUUGCAGUUUCUUUGGGAGCGAUGGGUACAGGUACUGUCUUUGGGUGGACGGGUAAUAUUUCGCAAGAGCUGCAAAGUGGUGAGCUGAACGGUAUAGUGAUGGAUGCGGUCGACAUGGGAUGGGUCGGUUCCAUUUGUAAUUUGGGCGGAAUGGUCGUGUGUUUUCCGAUUGGGAUACUCUGCGACGUUGUGGGAAGAAAGUUUGCGACUUUAUUGCUUACCGCGCCUUUUCUACUUGGAUGGCUGCUUAUAAUAUUCGCUAGGAACCUUGCGAUGGUCUUGAUAGGCAGAUUUCUGGUUGGUAUGGCGGGUGAGGCUUUUUGUAUAGCAGCUCCAUUGUACACCACUGAGAUAGCGGAGAAGGAGAUCCGAGGCACUUUGGGAAGCUUUUUUCAAUUAUUCGUUACGUUCGGGGUUAUGCUGUCUUACAUUUUGGGGUACGCGGUUAGUGUAAGGGUUUUUACAAUCGUAGUCGCUUUGCUUCCGGUCAUUUUCUGUGUUGCUUUUGCCUUCCAACCAGAGACACCAUUGUACAGACUCAAGCGAGAGGACUAUUGUGGAGCGGAAGACAGUUUUAAAUGGUUGCGUGGACGUGAGUACGACGCAACUUGCGAAAUACGUCAGUUUAAAGCCACUUUGGACGCACGCGAUAACAAUGUCACAACGUGGGCCUCCCUGACGAAGCGCAGCACCAAAGUAGCAGCAGUUGUGAGUUUCAGCCUCAUGUUCCUUCGACAAGCCGGCGGUUCACUUGCCGUCAUUUUCUACACCAGCAACAUUUUUAAAGAUUCUGGUUCUAAUUUAGAUCCGAAAGAAGCGACGAUGAUUGUCGGUGCCAUCCAAAUUGUCGCAACGUUAGCGUCUUCUAGCGUUGUUGACAAAUUGGGUCGCCGAAUUCUUCUCAUGGUAUCGUCAUUCUUUAUGGCCAUCGGCCUGAUAAUCUUAGGCGCCUUCUUCUCGAUAAAACACAGAAAUCUAGUCGACGAGGAAACAAUCGAAAAGUUCGGCUUCCUCCCUGUCCUCGGCCUGUGCCUCUAUAUAAUUGUAUACGCUUUAGGUCUUGGACCAGUUCCAUGGGUGGUUACAGCGGAAUUAUUUCCGCCAGAAAUAAAAGGCGUAGCAAUUGCGGGUGCUGCUACGUUUAACUGGCUUAUAGCGUUUAUUAUCACGAAAUUUUACGGCGAUAUGUCGGCGAAUUUAGGUGGCGACGUCACCUUUUACAUUUUUGCCGGGAUUUGCUUACUGGGGGCCAUAUUUGUCUUCUUUGUGGUGCCUGAGACAAAAGGUAAAUCGCUGAUUCAAAUACAGAGGGAAUUAAAUAAGCAGCCUCCUAAUAAAAUCGGAUUUUAAAAUUGUUCAUGUUUUCUAGGCAAAUUCUCACUUGAAAUAUUUAACGAAUCUCCAAACCUACUUUAUUGCCAGUCUAUUUGCAAAAAUUUGGUGAUAUCCAUUGGAUGGUGGAAUUAUUUCAUAAGGUGGCGUCUAAGUUUAAUUUAUAUUAAAAAGAUUUGUGCCUAAAGGAUCACCUUUCUCAAAAUAUCACACCUGAAAUUAUAUGGCAUGUGUUCAUUUUAAAUACUCACAUAUAAAUACAGAUUUUAUUUAAAUGACAAACCAGGCUAUGAUUAUGUACGUAUAGUUACCUAUAAUAAAAUUAUAAAUUUAUUGUAAAGUUAUGUUAUAAAGUUAAAGUAAAUAAUUUAUCAAAGAAAACGAAAUUAUUGUAUUUGAUUUAUAGCACCAGGCACUUUAACGCAUUUGCCAACAACGAGGGCCAUAUCUCAAGAGUGCAAGAAAAUUUUUUAAAAGAAACAAGAGAACAAUAUAUCUCUUCUUAGUUUCAGAAUGUUCCAAAGCAUUUCAGACAGUUUUCAGGAGUAUGGAAGUAGUUUUACAUAGAGCAGAACUUUCAGGUGGUUUCAUAAGUUUUGAGAGUCAUGAGAAUUUCGGAAGACUUUAAAGGGUUUCCGAGGGUUAAGGGUUGUAGAAAUGUUCAGAGUUUUUUAA